CGACUGUAUCGACCCCGAAUUGCUAGAGAUGUCGGGCUACUACUGGCAACCUCCCGUUUCCUCAGACGAACAGUACUACGACUUCGAUCGCGCGUCGCGACUGCCCACGUCAGCAGAAACCCAGAACGCUUUUGCAGCCUUCGCGGCAGAGCUAUAUGCACUACCCAACGAACAGCAACCCAGAGCCUACAGCACUUAUCCUCAAGCGUACCAGCAUCCUCAGCAACUUCCGCAAUAUCAGAUACAGAUGCCAACCCCCGUGGAGCAACGCCCGCAGCAAUGGUAUCCUGACGCGUUCACGCCCAAUGCACCGCCUGCCAUGAACAGAGCAUCGUCAUUCCCGCAAUAUACGGAAAUGGGCAACUUUGACACAAAUUUCGCCCCUCGAGCUGGUGACGUGUCCUUGGGCCACCUUUCACCCCCGAUCAACAGGCCCAGAAUGUCACGAGCACCAUCCGUCACAGAAUCUGUAGCAAGCUCUGUACCUAGCACACGGACCGAUUUCUCGCGAGCUGUUUCACCCAGUGUAACAGAAAUGUCGCGAUGGGGCAAAAGGAACAGCGACAAUAGCUGGUCCUGUGCAUAUCCAGGGUGCACAUCAAAGUCAACUUUCCAUCGCGGAUGUGAUCUGCGAAAGCACUACAAGAGGCAUACGAAAUCGCUGUACUGCCGCCACGAAGGCUGUCCGCAGGCCACAGAGGGUGGAUUUUCGAGCAAGAAGGACCGCGCACGGCACGAGGCCAAGCACAAUCCAACAAUCGUCUGUGAAUGGGACGGAUGUGAGAGACUGUUCAGCCGACAGGAUAAUAUGAAGGAUCAUGUCAGACGAGUACACAAGCGUCGCGUGCACUGAAAGUACGCGUGGCGAAGGAUGAGCUGGACGUGUUUCAGAGUCUCACAUCUCUUGGAAUCAAAAGAGGAGUGUGAUUCCAUGUUGGUGUCACAAUGCAAUCACGAUGCCUCUCGUCGUUUGGAUGCAGUAGUGCUCACGGCUGUUGGAUUGCUACGUCACGUCAAAAAUGGACCAUGAGCGGUCUACUCUUGGUUACACCGCAGCAUGCAGAGUCUGCUGACAAGCUACCUCCUCGCAAAUCUGCAUAGCCACUCCUUACAGGGCGCACUGGGAAUCGCACUCGCAACACUCGUAUGACGAGGAGCUGCGGACUCGGUCUUGCCGGGAAACACGAUUAAGUCGCUGUCGAUCCAGGCCUCUCAGCCCCCUUCGAGCCCGCACAAACUGGACUUCCCAAUCCGGUAAUCCGGAACUCGACUCGCAUCG